AUGUCUAGAAAAAAUUCUGAAACAUAUACAAUAAAAGUCUUUAGUGAAGAUGAUUCAUUUGCUACCAUUCUUCUAUGUCCUUUAGAAAUUUCGGUUUUAGAUCUAUUGAGUACAGUUUCAAAAAAAUUUAGACUAGAUGAAAAAACUAUAAAAAACUAUAAAUUGUCUCUAAAAAUUGGGAAAUUAUCAAAGGUAUUGGAAAUAAUGGACAAACCAAUAAAACAACAAAAUAAUUUACUCAUGUUUGCCGGCUAUGAUCCAUUAAAAGAUAAGUUUAACAUUUUGGGGACUGAUAUUGUUUACUUGUGCAAGUUCAUUCUUGAAAAAAAUCAGCACAAAAUAUUAUCAAGCGAUGAAGCCAAUUCCAUAACAAGAGAUUAUGUUCAUGUUGAUUUACGAAAUAUGGAUCUUAUAAACAUCCCCUUGGUGUUUUAUCAACACACUCAUGAAAUUGAAGAACUAGAUGUUUCAAAUAAUCCAUCCAUUUAUAUUCCAAUGGACUUUAUUAAUUGUUGCAAAAAUUUAAGAAAGAUACGUUACAUUUCAAAUAGAUCAGUCCGAUUCCCUCUAAAUAUAUUAGAAGCAAAAAAACUAUACCAUUUGGAUUUACAAAAGAAUUUAUUUAUCGAGUUGCCUUUGCAGCUUGGGCAAUUAAGAUUCCUCACAAAAUUAAACUUGAAUUGUAAUCAGAUAAUUUAUUUGCCGAAAACAUUUUCUCAGUUGAAACAUUUGAAAUACCUAAAUUUAUCAUCUAAUCAAAUAAAAAUAUUUCCUGAUACACUCACAAACUUGCCUUUUUUAACCGAACUAGAUUUAAGCUACAAUAUAAUAAGUUAUAUACCAGAAACAAUAGGAAAUUUGAAACAUCUUGAAAGAUUAAAUCUUGGAACAAAUGCUCUAUCAAAAUCCUUACCACUGUAUCUUAAUAGAUUAAAAAGAUUGAAAUACAUAAAUUUAAACUAUAACAAUCUCAGUAACUUUAAUAUUUUGGGUGAACUCAAAAACCUUGAAGAAUUGUAUGUUUCGAAGAAUAAUGUUCCAACGUUCAAAAAUGAAAAUGAAAAUCUUCGAAUUUUUGCUUUUGACAGAAAUCCAAUUACAGAUAUAAUUUUCAACAGUUCACUUAUUUAUUUAACACGACUUAAUUUAUCAAAAGCAAAGUUGGCUUCAAUAUCGGAUGAUUUACUACUCAAGGUUCCAAAUGUGGAAAACAUAGUAUUAGACAAGAAUCACAUUGUAACCUUACCUCCUAGCAUAUGUACCCUCAAAAGAUUAAUAUAUCUCUCUUGUUUUGGCAACAAUUUGCAAGCUAUCCCCGAAAAUAUAGGAAAUUUAAGCUCCUUACAGUACUUAGAUCUUCACUGCAAUAACAUUCAAUCUGUACCUCCGGGUAUUUGGUAUUUGAAGUCUCUCCAUAACUUGAAUUUAUCAACUAAUUUAAUAACCCACUUUCCUUCGCAUCCGGGAAAUUGCAAUAAUACUCCUCGAAUUUCAAUAUCAGAAUCCUCUCCAUUGAUGCUUGGCUAUCAAGCUAUGUUACCAUCAUAUUUGGGAGACAGCUUAAUGGUUUUAAGUAUGGCAGACAAUCGAUUGCUGGACGACUCAUUUGAAGCAAUUUCGUUAAUGACCUCUUUGAAAAGUCUCAAUCUAUCAUAUAAUGAUUUGAUUGAGAUUCCCAUUGGUGGGUUGCGCAGAAUGAACAAUUUGACGCAAUUGUAUCUAUCUGGAAAUAAGUUAACAAAUUUUCCGACAGAAGAUUUAUCCCAGCUAGAAAAUUUAAAGGAACUUUAUAUCAAUUGGAAUAGAUUCCACACUUUGCAAGCAGAGCUAUCAGGGAUAAGAAACCUAACGGUUCUAGAUGCCGGAUCAAAUCAAUUGAAAUAUAAUACUAGCAAUGUAUUAUACGAUUGGAAUUGGCAUCGAAACACCAAAUUGAAAUACUUAAAUUUUUCGGGAAACAAAAGACUAGUAAUUAGCAGCUCAAGGGAUAAUCAAGACACUUUUGCUCAUUUAAAGGACUUGAGAAUUUUAGGCUUAAUUGAUUUGACAUUUCCUACCUCUUCUUUACCUGAUGAAACAUUAAACACUCGUGUGAGAACAACUAUCUCUCAGAUAAGUAACACAAAUAGCAAAAUGAUGUAUGGAAUAGCUGAUACUUUAGGAAAGCGUGAAAACAUAUCGACCAGAGAUGUGUUGAUCGAAAACUUCAGGUCCAACCACAAGGAGAUCUUGAUUUGUCUUUUCGAUGGUAAAGAUGAAGACCAGAAAGAUGGACAUAAGCUUUCUAAAAUUAUUGAAGAGAAUUUCCCAAAUCUUUUAAGUUUAGAGUUGAAAAAAAUAGGUGAUAUUAGUGAAUAUGAAAGAAAAAAAUCAAAAGUUAGCACAAUUUCGCAAUCUGAAAAUGGCGAUAUUACUGAUGCAAUUCGAAGAGCAUUUUUGUCGUUAAACAAAGUGAUCAAUAGUUAUCUGGUCUCCAAAAAUGCCGAAGACACAGUUGAAAGUACUACCAAAUCUAACGCUCCCAGACUCAAUGUUGGUGAUCUUUCAAGGGGAUGUUCCGUCACCGUUAUAUAUAUUGUUGAUAAAAAACUAUACGCAGCUAAUAUAGGUGAUACUAUGGCAUUGCUAUCCAAAAUCAAUGGCGAUCACGAAGUGCUCACUGUAAGACAUGAUCCAACUAAACGAUGUGAGUUUGAAAGAAUUAGAGAAAGUGGAGGUUUUGUUUCCAGUACCGGUAAACUAGAUGGCAUUGCAGAAGUAUCAAGAGCUUGUGGUUACUUUGAUUUGCUCCCUCAUAUUCAUGCGUGCCCAGAUAUCAAAGAAAUAGAUUUAUCAGUUUCAGAUGAAAUGUUAGUCAUUGCUACAAAAGAACUUUGGGAGUAUGUGAGAUUUGAAACUGUGGUUGAUGUUAUUAGACAAGAAAAAAAUGAUCCGAUGUUAGCGGCACAGAAGCUAAGAGAUUAUGCAAUAUCUUAUGGAGCAGAUGAUAAGAUCACUGUCAUAGUGCUAGCCUUAAAUGUAAAAUCAGGAAAGGGAAAAACUGAAACGAAUGAAGAGUCAAUAUUACCUAUCAAAAAACGAAGGAAUAGAGGAUAUUUGGCACAGGACUCCAAUUUGACCAAAUUGGAAGAUGAAAUUGAGCCACCAACUAAUUACCUUGCAUUAGUAUUUACUGAUAUAAAGAAUUCGACCUUGUUGUGGGAUACAUAUCCAAUUGCUAUGAGAUCAGCAAUAAAAGUUCAUAAUGCUAUUAUGAGACGUCAGUUACGAAUUAUUGGAGGCUAUGAAGUCAAAACUGAAGGUGACGCUUUUAUGGUAUCAUUUCCGACUCCAUUGUCUGCAUUAAUUUGGUGUUUCAAAGUUCAGUUGUUAUUGUUGAAUGGGGACUGGCCGACUGAAAUAUUACUCUCUGAUGAAGGUUGUGAAUUGACAGGAUCUGAUGGAAAAGUUUUGUUCAAAGGUUUGUCUGUUAGAAUGGGAAUUCAUUGGGGUAUGCCAGUCUGUGAAAAUGAUAUUAUCACUAAGAGAAUGGACUAUUUUGGACCUAUGGUUAACAGGGCGGCAAGGGUUAGUGCUGUUGCUGAUGGAGGACAAAUCACAAUAAGUUCAAAUUUUUAUUCUGAGUUUAAAAAGUAUGAGAAAGCAUAUCUAAGGGUCAGAAAUGAAAACUGCUCUUUACUUGAUGCUUAUGAAGAUGAAACUGUUGGUUCAUUGUACUAUAAUGAAAUGGGAACGAUUGAAAGCAUUGGGUAUGAGCUAGAACUAUUGGGGGAAAGAAAGUUAAAAGGCCUUGAAAGUCCGGAGACAAUUUGGCUAAUUUGCCCAAAAGAAUUAGGUGGUCGACGUGAAUUUCAAAAGUCCUCAGAUAUUAAAAGCGAAAGACACCGAAGAAAGGGGUUAGUUCCAUUGGAAGACUUGAAUGAUUUAGAUUUGAUUGCGAUUCGAUUAGAACACAUUUGCUCAUAUUUUUUUUCAAGCAGCAAGAAACUUGGUAGUGCUAGCAGUAAUGGUGAUGAUGGAAAUAAAAGCAUUAAUGAGAAUUCCAAUGGAUCUUUUUCCAAUAAAUCAAUCAGUAACUCUAAUUUUGUCACAGGUGGUAAUAAUAAGACAUAUUUAUCAAACACAUUAAUCAAUUCCGAUAGUGAUAAUAUGGCCAUUCUUGAGAAUAUUAUUACGAGAAUUGAGAACUGUAUCUCGAUGAUAAUAAUCAGAAAAGCUAUUGGUAAAGUUGAAGGAAGCUUUAGAUUUUCAAAUAAAAGUAAAAACAUUGACGAUCUAUUAAAAAUAAUAGAGAAUUUGAUUUGCUAG